AUGGCCACCCCCAGUGUUCUCACGUUUGACGCUGAGGGUCGAGCUAUUGACUUUGAGGUCUGGGUAGAUGAUCUGCAGCUUUUCCUAAAGUGUGAUAGGGCAGACGGUCUCUCUCUGUUUGACCUCAACUCUGGUGCCUCUCCUGCCCCUGCUGCUGAUGCUGAUGCCACUGUUCGCUCACAGUGGGCCACGCGCGAUGCUGCUGCUCGCCUUGCUGUGCGCCACCACUUACCGACCACUGAGCGCGCGCAUUUUAGUCAGUACAAGAGUGCUAAGACCUUGUACGACGCUAUCGUUGCACGCUACUCUUCCCCUGCCACUGCUGCCCUUAGCCACCUCAUACUGCCGUACCUCUUCCCUGACCUCACCGCUUUUCCCACAGCCGCUGACCUCAUUAUGCACCUUCGCACUAGUGACAUUCGCUACCGCGCUGCGCUUCCUGCUGAGUUCUGCGCCAAGAACCCCCCCCCCCCCCCUAUGUACAUCACCCUCUACUACAUAGUCACUCGGCUCCCUGACACCCUUCGCUCGGUCAGGGACCACUUCCUCUCUGUUUGCCCCACCACCCUCACCGUUGACCUCCUCGAGGAGCGCCUCCUAGCAUCGGAAAAUUGUAUAGUCACUUCGGUCGGCGCGGCGUCUGCCCCUAGCGGGAGACGCCGCUCAGGCAAGGGCAAGGGGGGCAAGGGCGCUGGAGGAGCUGGCGUGGGCGGUGGAGGCGGCGGUGGAGGCGGCGGAGGGGGUGGGGUUGGCGGUGGGAGUGGUGGCGGGAGUGGGGGCACAAGUGGCGGCAGUGGAGGCGGAGGAGGCGGCGGUGGUGGCGGUGCGAGCGGAGGUGGUGGAGGUGGAGGCGGUGGUGGAGGUAGCGGCGGCGGAGGUGGAGCUGGUCGGGGCGGCUCUUUGCAGAGGGUCGGCUCCGGUGGUGGUCCGCGCCAGCAGCACCAGCAGCAGCACACUCGUGAGACCCCUUCCUCCCAGCAGCUUCGUGAGUGGUACACUGCUCGUCAGCGAGGUGGGGGUGCUGUCCCCUGUACCUACGUUCUACGUACAGGCGAUCGCACGGGUGAGCAGUGUGGGGGUCCGCACUCCACCCAGCGCUGCUUCAGCCGCCUGACGGACGCUUGGCGUCAUCAGUUCCCCGACGCUACUGAGAUCCCUCGCUGGGGCGAGCUGUUUAGGGCGGGUGUUGCGAUCUUUGAUCUUGAUUAUGAUGUUAUUCUUGCUGCAGUGUAUGCUGUGACUAUUAGUGAUGAGGGUGACUGUUACAGGUGUUUUCCGUCUGACCCGGGCAUUGAGGCUGCUGGUCUAGGUGCUCGUGAGGCUGCUGCUCUAGGUGCCAGUGAGCCUGCUGCCCCAGGUGCUGGUGAGUCUGCGCUCUCAGGUACCGCGCCGGCUCCAGCCACCCAUACCUUCACCCUUGACUCGGGUGCUUCCCGCUCCUUCUUUCGAGACCGCACCACGCUUACGCCGCUUAGUCGGCCAUUGGCAGUCUCCCUGGCAAACCCCUCUGGGGGCCCUGUCCUUGCCCACUUCUCCACUGUUCUACCGUGUUCGGCGGCCCCUUCUGGCACCCUGUCGGGUCUUUACCUCUCCUCGUUCUCUACGAACUUGGGGAGUGGUGCUGACCUCCAGGAUGGAGGGGUUCACUAG